UCCUCCUGCAAUGUCUUCAGCGCCCGCUGCCACAACAACAUCAAAUACAGAAAUCCGUUAUGUUACCGAAGUGCCUAGUAGUCUAAAACAGUUAGCCCGUCUGGUUGUACGUGGCUUUUAUACCAUUGAAGAUGCUCUCAUCAUUGAUAUGCUGGUUCGUAAUCCCUGCAUGAAGGAGGAUGACAUUGCCGAACUCCUCCGCUUCGAAAAGAAACAAAUGCGUGCCCGCAUAACCACCCUGCGCAGUGACAAAUUCAUACAGAUCCGUUUGAAAAUGGAAACAGGACCGGACGGCAAGGCGCAAAAAGUCAAUUACUAUUUCAUUAAUUAUAAGACCUUUGUAAAUGUAGUCAAAUAUAAGUUGGAUCUGAUGCGCAAGCGCAUGGAAACGGAGGAACGUGAUGCCACAAGUCGAGCCAGUUUUAAGUGUACGAAUUGUAAUAAAACCUUUACGGAUUUGGAGGCGGAUCAGCUGUUCGAUUUCAACACUCAGGAAUUUCGUUGUACAUAUUGUGGUUGUACCGUGGAGGAGGAUACAUCGGCAAUGCCGACCAAAGAUUCGCGAUUAAUGUUGGCACGAUUCAAUGAACAGUUGCAGCCGUUGUAUGAUCUGCUGCGGGAGGUGGAGGGUAUUAAGCUGGCGCCAGAAAUCCUUGAACCUGAACCUGUGGAUAUCGAUACGAUAAGAGGGAUCAACAAACCCUCUGCGGUGCGGGGCGAAGGCCAACAAUGGUCCGGUGAGGCAACCCGAAACCAAGGUUUCGCUGUGGAAGAGACACGUGUCGAUAUCAACAUUGGUGGUGAUGAUGUACCCGAUCAGGUUGCCGAACGUAAGGCACGACCCAUCUGGAUGACAGAAAGUACGGUCAUAACCGAAGACAAUACCGACAAUACAGAUGCCAUACUCAAUGAAGCAGCACAAAAUUCACAACAACCUGGCCUUUCAGCAUGGUCAUCGUCGACGACGACCAGCUCAACCAGUGCCGGCACCACUACCGUUAACAAUAAUCGCAAAAAGGAACAGGAAGAUAUUAUGGCGGUGCUGCUGCAAUACGAAAAACAACCCGAACAAAAGAAAAACAACACCAAGGGACUGCGGUUCGGUACUUCCAAUGCCAAUUCCAGUGAUUCGAGUGAUGAUGAAAAUGAUAUAGAAAAUACCAAAAUUCCCAAUAACGAUGAUUAUAAUAACUUUAUUAAUUCCGAAUCCGAAGAAGAAGAGGAUGAUGUUCCUUCGGUAUUAGUUGCCGGCCGUCCCCAUCCAAUUGAUCAAAUCAAUGAUGUUCUAAUUGCCCAAAUGUCUCAACAGGAAAAAGAAAACUAUAUCCACAUAUAUCAGCAACAUUAUAGUCAUAUAUACGAUUGAGGUAC